GGCUAGUUGUAGGUGAAACAGUUUUUAAAGAUUCAGCAACCAAUGGAUAUACCAGAUAAUCAUCUGCUUCUGAAGCGUCAUGACCAAAACUGGUUGUGAGCAGGAGGAUGGUUAUCACAUAGCUACAGUAGACUUAGCAGCUCUGUAAGUGGGUGGAGUGAGCUCUCAUUCUUGAGAGCAGCAGGGGAGAAGGGGGGAAAAAAUCAUGUCUUCCAGGAAGGCAGAUACAUAGCAGCAUUGAAUUGUGAGUUUGUGAAAAAAAAACUUGGCUUCUGAAAUUUAGCUGAGGUUUUCAAAAUGGAACUCCCAAACCCAUUGGUUUCUGCAAUUCAGGAAUCCCUCAGAUUUCCAGCAUCUUCAGUUCUUUGAUUUCUUUCUGGGUGGAGGAGUGUCCAUUUACCUGAACAAGCACAUCAUUGACAAAAGCCAACAAGCUCAACACCAUCUGAGACAGAGCAACCUGUUCCAUUUCCAGGCAGUGGAUCCAGACUCAAACCACUCACUGCAUGAAAAGGUUUUUCUCUCCCCCACCUUGAACAUUCAUUCCCUUUAGUGCCAAUAGACUGAGGCUACAAUGUGUUCCAUCUACAAGAUGCACUGCAAUUCACCAAGGCUUCUUCGACAGCAUCUCGUAGACCUGCAACAACCACCAUUUAGAAAGACAAGGGCAGGAGGACAUCAUCUCCAAGCUCCCUUCUGAGACAUACCAUCCUGACUAUCAAAUCCAGGAACUCUCUAAAAAAAAUAGCACUGUGGGAGUACCUUUACAACUCAGCUACAGUGGGUCUUUAAGGUGACUCAUUAUUACCUACUCAACAGCAAUUCAGGUUAAUGAUGGUCCAUCAAAUCCUCUUUGGGAACAGCAUGGAGGUUGUCAUUUUGGACUAUUGAUAAGGACAUGGGACUCACUUUGUCAUUGAUCUAUCGUGUUGAUUUCAACAGUGAACAGCAUCAGAUAGGAAGCAUCAAAACACCAACGCAGAAUCCGUGCACGGAAGGUUCUUGAAGGGCUAUAGAGAAACAUAAAAGGAAGGAACCAAGUAGUACUCCAAGGAGGGUGAAUGACUGAAUGAAGCACCCUCCACCAUCGCAGAUGUACACCUUGGUCACGGCAUCUUCUACUUGUGUAAUUCUUUAUUGUGAGAAUGUCUGAAAAAGACGCAGUGAGCCAAGAGACUGCAGAGGAAGUUGGGACUGAGCAAGAUGUUGAGAUUUGUCCACCCUCUCCAGAGACGUGCAUCAUUAGAACUGCAAGCUCAGAGGUAGAGGAGAAAGAGAUGGAAAAAGAUGAUAAAGCAAAUGACGCAAAGGCUGACCAUCAGAAACGCUCAGGAAACCAAGGGCAGCAGAGGAAAAGAGCAAAGUCAGGAGCCAAAGGUAAACUGGUGAGGAGUCUUGCCGUUUGUGAAGAGUCUAACUUGCCUCUACCAACAGAACCCACUCCAGAGGAUCAGGAUACAAUUCAGCUGCAGCUUACCAGUUCUCCAAGUUUUCAAGAUGAUGAUAAAACUAAUAAAGAGGAAUUGGAGAAAGAAAAGGACAAGGAUAAAAACAGAGAGAAAGAAAAAACUAGUGAAAAACCUAAAAUAAGAAUGUUGUCAAAAGAUUGCAGUCAAGAGUAUACAGAUUCCACAGGGAUAGAUUUGCAUGAAUUUCUUAUUAAUACAUUAAAGAAUAAUCCCAGGGACAGAAUGAUGCUUUUAAAAAUGGAGCAGGAACUAAUAGAUUUUAUCAACGAUAACAACAACCACUACAAGAAAUUCCCUCCAAUGUCAUCGUAUCAUCGGAUGUUGGUGCACAGAGUAGCAGCUUAUUUUGGAAUGGAUCACAAUGUAGAUCAAACUGGAAAAUCUGUCAUAAUCAACAAAACUAGCAAUACUAGAAUACCAGAGCAAAGGUUCUGUGAGCACAUUAAAGAUGAGAAAAAUGAUGAGUCCCAGAAAAGAUUUAUUUUAAAAAGAGAUAAUUCUAGUAUGGAUAAAGACGACAAUCAGGAAAUGUUUAUCUUGCAGCAAAAUAGGAUUCAUCCAUUUAGAGAUGAUAGAAGAAGUAAAUCAAUUGAGGAGAGAGAAGAGGAAUAUCAACGAGUAAGAGAGAGAAUUUUUGCACAAGAUUCCACAUGUUCCCAGGACAGCCUAUAUGUUGAAAACAGUUACAUUCUGGAGGAUAUCAGUGCUUUCAAUGACACACAGAAGAAGAGGCAGCUAUUUAGGAGUAAUAGAGAUGGAACAGGAAAGACAUCAAGUAGUCGGCAGAGCAGUACAGAGUUGGAUGUGAAGUGGACAGAUCAGCGACCGUGGAGCAGUACUGAUUCAGACAGCUCAAAUCGAAAUUUGAAACCCCCUGUGACGAAGACAGCAAGUAUUGGUGGCAUAACUGUCUUGACACGUGGCGACAGUACAAACAGUAACAGGAGUACAGGCAAACUCUCUAAAACAGGUAGUUCCGAGUCUUCCAGUAGUGCAGGCUCCUCAGGUUCAUUGUCACGGAACCAUCAGCCAAUACAGAGUGCAACUGUCGUCCCAGCACCAGUCAGCUCUACAGGAUCAGUCUCCUACCCAGAUGGUGGAAUGGGUGGACAGGUGACACCUAACAACACCAGCUACAUUUUGCUUCCUUUGGAAGCGACAGGUAUACCACCUGGCAGUAUUCUGUUAAACCCACAUACAGGUCAACCCUUUGUGAAUCCUGAUGGCACACCUGCCAUUUACAACCCUCCUGGUGGCCCACAAUCGCUAAGAAGUCAGCUUCCUGGGCAGGCUCAGCAGCAGUCUGCAUCACAGCCACAGCCACAACAGCAGCAGCAGCAGCAACAGCAGCAGCAGCUACCCAGUCAUCUGGUGCCACAGGCUAUGCAGCCUUCUUCCCAGUCUGUCCAGUAUCCAACGGUUUCUUACCCUCCUCAGCAUCUCCUGCCAGUUUCACCGACGCAGCAGUUUCCUGUGCGUGAAGACCUGGCUUCCCAGUUUAACCAGAUAAGUUUAAGUCGACAAUCGUCAGGAGAUGCGCCUGAGCAGCCAUCUGGUUCUGUUUAUCCGACGCCAAUCUUGCCUCAGCCACCCCAACAAACUAGCUACGUCAUGGCAUCACCAAGUCAACAGCUUCCCCCUGGAGGUUUUACGGGAUCCGGACAGCCCAUAUCUCAGCAAGUGCUACAGCCACCACAAGGAUAUGUACAACAGCCACCUGCACAGUUGCCAGUGUAUUACUAUCCAACUGGCCAGUACCCUACCUCAACAGCCCAACAGUUCAGACCUGUUGCUUCUGUUCAAUACAAUGCACAGCGAAGUCAGCAUAUACCCCAGACCACACAACAAACAGGUUUCCAAGCUGUGUUGCCAAAUCAGCAGCAAGGGUUCCAAGGUCUGAUGGGAGUGCAACAAUCACCACAGAGUCAGAACCUGUUGAACAACCAGCAGGGAAAUCAGGUGCCAGGGGUGAUGGUCCAAUAUCCAGCCAUGUCUUCUUACCAAGUGCCAAUGACCCAGGGUUCUCAAGGGAUGUCUCAACAAUCUUAUCCACAAGCUAUCAUGCUACCCAACCAGUCAGGUCAAGGAACUCUUCCAGCCACUGGAAUGCCUGUCUAUUGUAAUGUUAUACCUCCUUCUCCACAAAACAACUUAAGGUUGGUAGCACCCCACUGCCCGACCAAUAAUGUUCCAGUGAUCCCUGCUAACUGCAGAACAAACUGUACUAGUAUUAGCAGCACUGGAUGGCAGGUCAAAUAUUGACACUGGCUCUGUGUGAAUAAAAUAAUUUCAAAAUGCAUUUUUGGACAUAGUAACUAUGGCCUUCACAAAAAAAUGGAACAUCAGUUGAGGAAAUAGAGUGUUAUGUUCUCAGUCGAUCACUGCUGGUAUUCUGUUUAAAAAAAACAAUUCUAAAAAUGUUUGCUGGUUUCUGGUGCAUUUUAGUCAUGUCCCUGCUAGGUAUGCCUUUGUAGCUUAGCUGAGUGACAUGGAUUAUCUGAGGUAAGACCUCUCCCUACCACUGAGCACCACUGUGGAGAUUGUAAUACCCCAAUACUGGUUAGUUUUGUACUUUGUGUUGAGUUUGUGAAGCUGAAAAGUAUUACAAUUAUUAUAAUAAAAUACACAUUGUACCAAAGCUGAAAUGGAAAGAAUUGCUGUAUGGAAGGAAUAAUUUAUAUACACUAGAGUUUUUUAUGGAUAUAUACUGUAUUGUAGUGUUUAAUCACAAUAAACUAUUUGACCUCAUGGGUAAAGGUCACAUUUCUACCAUGUGAGUUGUCUCUUCUCUUGAUACUAUAAUUUGUUGAGUAUCAGUUUAAGUAUUUUUGACAGUAGCUCAAACUUUGUUCACAAAGCAACUGCUAACUCAAUUUGUACUGAAACCUCAGCUGUUACUGAACUAACACUGAAACUGCAAACCUGUUUACACUGCUAUUACUGUAUUGCAAAAUUAUAUGUCUCAUGCUUCCAGUUUUAAGUCAAUUGUGCAUCAAAAUAAAUAGUUGCAAGAUCGAUCAAAUAGACUAAUUUUCUCCACCUCUAAUGUGUUAUUGAAUCCAAGCUAAAUUUGAUGAACCCCACACAAACAUAAUAUGAAAAAUACUUAAUGUGAAUGUUACAUUCAGGAGAUUGGUAUUUUUUUAAUGUAAUGAGUAAAUAACUUGGAACACAAUUAUAUUGUAAUAUUGCUAAUGCAACUGUGUGAUGUGAUUUAACUUUUCCAUUGAGAGCAAAGAUUCUCGUGUUAGAAAUUGUUGCAAAUACUUUCUGACCUUUCUAUUGCAUCAGAAAGUUUUACUGUGAUCCAUCCAAGGGCACAUUUGUUUGUAGGCAAAAUCUUGAGCUUUCUAAUUGUUCUAAAUGACCCAAUGAUUUAGUCCUAAAGUUUGAAUUGUGUUAUUUUGAGUUACAACUGGACAACGUGUUUAAAAAUUUGUUUUAGUUUCUCAGGAGUUAGCAAGAGAUGGGAGACAAUUGCAAUUUUCUGGUAAGCUUCUAUAGAAAUUUCAGCCAGCUGGUCUCCAUGUAGGGUGCUCGUGAGAUGGAUUGAACUACAGCAAUCAAAUCUAUAUUCAUCACAGUUUGUUCGCUGGACAGAUCUCUUUGAAUUUCCCAGAGCUCAUCUCUGAGAGAAAGUAACAAAUGCUGUUUCAUUUCAACAUUUGCUACAAGGAAUUAAAGUAAAAUGCAUAAUUUAAGUUUCAACUAUUGCCUCACCUUAUUUUGCACACAGAUAAAAUUCAUGGUUGAAAACUUGCUUUGCCAUUGUAUUUUGGAUAAUUUAUUAUGGUAGGAGGAAACACAAGGAAAGAGUAUAUAAAACAUGUUGAAACCCAAAUAAUUGGAAGAAUGCAUCACAUUUUAUUAAAAUGUUGAAGUGUCUUUGUCUACUUAAGAUAAUACUCUAACAUUAAAAUUAGUUAAUUUGGAAUAACUAAAAAUUGUAUAAUUUAAGUAAAUUAGAAUCAAAAGUGAUUUUAAUUUUUUUUCUCUAUUCGAAGUUUUGUAAAGUUAGCAAAUUUGAGAUGAAUGGAACCUCAGAUUUAUGCAAUACAUCAAUACAUCCAUACCAUGCUAGGGGUCUGGGAAUGACACAGGGUUGCAUGUAUUAACCAUUUACAGAAAGUAGAUGUAUAAUUCAAGCCUAAAAUGACACAUUUUCCCAAUAUUCAUGUGUGUACUUUCCACUAGCAAUAUCUGAGUAUUUAUUAGCAUCAUAGUUUCAAACCAACUGUCCUGAAGCCUGUGGAUGUUAAGGUCAGAUUGAAAAUCCCUUUGCUCCCAUUGGCACAUUGAUUUUGAUCAGACUGCAGUAAAAAUCGGGGGUUACGUUCAGCAUAAUUGUGAUUUACAAAGCUCACAAUGGGGUUAAUAUGUCUACUGAAAUUUUCAGAAACUGCGGACCUUAUUUUCCCAUUUGACAUCUUACAGUGACUUUCAUUAUGGUCGCAAUUUGACACAAUGACGUGACAUUUUGCUCCCAGGUUAAGAGUGUACCAUUGGGACGUAUCUUGGCUCUGCAAACAUAACUUAGGGGAAUGUGUCCUGCAAGUUGUAAUUUUCAUUCCAGGAGGAGCACUGGAUUCUUAGAGUCAUGGGGGGGUGACACUGGAAACAAUGCAGAGAUUGCCAGGUGUGAAAGUUGGCUGGGUGGGUGGAAGGACACAGCAUAUCAACACUUUAUCAACUUUUUUUUCAUGAACUCUAACAUAAAAUAGUUCCUCCAGACCUCAUACCCUAUCACCCCAAACCCACACACUCCAUGCCACAAUCAUGCCAUCAUAUGGCUUCGUACCCUUAUGCCAACCUAUGCCCCUCUGCUUACUCCCAUUAUAACUCCUAUGCCAACUUAGUGUGAACUCAUACCCAUCAUCCAUUUAACACAUACAAUGCCAACACACUAGUAUCCACCAUAGGCAGACCUCAGGGCCCAUGUUAAUAUAAAAAAAAUCUUAAGUGCCUAUUGAAGAAUGCAGUAUUUAAAAAAAAAACUCUCUCAUAGGCUAAACAUUUAAAUUCCUUUAAUCCCAUAACAAAAUGACCAUUAGAAUUCACAAGACAGAGCCUCCAACUACAAGGAACUGUCAUUCAAACUGAGAAGAACCCCAUUGUGAUAAUGGAAGGUGGUGAAAUUAGUCAUGCAACAACAAUCCAGCAAUGAUUUUUAUGCUGCUGAUUUUUUUUUCAAGUGCUUCAAGGGGAGGAGUUUUAUAUUUACAUAUCUGGUACUGCAGUAUUUUAUAGCUGAAAAUGUGUUGCUGGAAAUGCGCAGCAGGUCAGGCAGC